CUUCAUGCCUCCAGAAUUUAUCGAGUGGAUAUGAUUAUAACCCAAAUUGUUGCGGUGUUGCCAUACAUCCUCGCCACAUUUGGCGUACCUUUGGCUGGCGCGAUCAGGCUGGGGAAUCCACCAGAUCUCCCAAUUCCGCUGCAGCAGUGUUUGAAUGAUACCGGAGCCACCAUAGUCUACCCCGACAAUCCAGAAUAUGGUGCAUUAUCGAGCCCUCAAAACGGGAACUAUCAGCCGCAUCCAGAGGUCAUUGUCAUACCAGCAUCCUCAGAGGAGGUAGCAGCGAGUGUGCGCUGCGUGGCCGCUGAGGAGGGUAGGGUCAAGCUCAGUCCUCGUGGAGGAGGUCAUAGCUAUGCUGCGUACAGUUUCUCAGGACAGGUGGUGAUCGAUUCCAGCCAGAUGAGAGGAAUCAGUUUCGACGGCGAAAGACAAGAAGUUGAGGUUCAAUUUGGCCAGGCGUUGGGUCCAUUGGCUGUUGCUAUGGGGGAAAGGGGAUACGCUCUACCGCACGGUACCUACCCUGGGGUGGGGAUCGCCGGACACUCAUUAGGUGGUGGUUGGGGUUAUACCUCGCGUAAAUGGGGAUGGCUUGUUGAUCGCAUUGUCUCGAUGGAGUUUGUUGACAUCGGAGGGAAUAUAAAGCAGCUCAAUUCCAGCUCGACUGGAGUAGAUGCAGAAUUAUGGUGGGCAUUACGAGGAUCUGGAGCUAAUAAUUUUGGUAUUGUGACUUCAUUCACAUAUGUGAUGGAGCCAGCUCCGACCGCAGUCUCCUACUGGGGGGUCCAGGAGCUCGGAAGUAUCGCUGCUGAUCGCCCCCACGGCCUCCCGGUUGAGUUGGGUGGAGAGGUUAUCAUAAGAGGCCGGGGUCCUAACGGCACGAGCGCCUGUACAUUUACUGGCCAGUACCUGGGAAAGCGCUCCGCAUUCCUACAUGUUCUCAAUAAGCUCUUGGAUAAUCUAGCACAUCGCGGAGUAAAGCCACUCGGCUCAGCGUCCUAUAUAAACGAGUUCGAUGAUUGGAUCACAGCCCUUGCGGACCACAUGGGGUCACUGAAUGAAUCGAGUCCUCCUAAUUCCUAUUAUGCCCAAUCGUUGGUAGAUAACGGAACUCCCAAAUAUACAUCAGGCCAUGCAGAGCGCAUUAUUGAUGCGGUUCAGGCAGCAAGGCAGGUCGAGGGUACAGAUAAUCAUGUGUCCUUUGACCUGAACGGUCCGGGCUCAAGAACCAAUUUCCAGCCUACUACCGGUGAUGCAUCGUUUAUUCAUCGUGAGAGCCUGUUCCUUGUCCAAGUAUUUUCCUCCAAAUUUCCGGGGUUCAACAGCACCAAUGCUCGGGGUAAGGCAUUGGGCAAGAUUACCAAUAUCACCGCUACUAUCAAGCGGGCCGACCGAGGACGCCAAUGGCAUGCCUACCAGAAUUAUGUCGACCCUUACGCAGAGGAUUUUGGAAGAGCUUACUAUGGUCGAAAUCUAGAGCGCUUAAAGAGUCUCACGUCCAUUGCAGAUCCUGACCUAAUUUUCGAUUUCCCGCAAGGGCUGAGCCAUGCGUGA